CAUUCACACCAACACACUGUGGUCCCGAAGACGCAGGCUCUCUCAAUUUCCUCCUCCUUUCGUCGCUCGCGCAGAGACUGCAUACAGCUCCUUUUACCCGCUUUCCUUCAUCUUUCUAGGGUUCCAAUAAAGCUCUAUUUUUCACUCCCACCAUUUUAGAGUCCCUGAAUUUCCCAAUUAAAACUACCAAAUUACCACAACCGCCACAGAACAAGUCCUCCCGCUCUCUCUCUCUCUCUCUCUCUCUCUCUUAGGAUCGAUCAUAUACCCUGAAAAUGGACUCCGAUGCGUGGACCGCUCGCCUCUCCACUGCUUCGCGGCGCUACCAGAGUCGAUCGGAUCUGUACCUGGGAGGGGGUCACGAGGAAAUUGACGGGGACGAGGACUCAAGGGCCGAGUUUCUGUGCCCGUUUUGCGCUGAGGAUUACGACGUCGUUGGGCUUUGUUGCCAUAUCGAUGAGGAGCAUCCUGUGGAGGCCAAGAAUGGGGUAUGUCCAAUUUGUGCAAAGAGGGUGGGGACGGAUAUGGUUGGCCAUGUUACGAUGCAACACGGGAGUUUUCUAAAGGUGCAGCGCAAGAGGAGAUUCCGUAAAGGUGGUUCUAAUUCUACAUUUUCUAUAUUGAGGAAAGAGUUAAGAGAUGGAAAUUUACAAUCCCUUUUUGGAGGAUCCUCUUGCAUUGUCUCCUCAAAUACAGAACCUGAUCCUUUGCUGUCAUCAUUUAUAUAUAAUGCGCCAAUAGUUGAUGAAACUCAGAGUGUUCAGUCUCGUUCUUUGGUGGAAGCAAGCUUAAUAAAGGAAAGCUCAAAGGAGGAUUCCUUGGAAAGAAAUGUCCAACAGUUGCUGUUAUCGGACAAGGAGCAAGAGGAGAAGACUCGGAAGUGUGAAUUCAUCCAGGGUCUGUUGAUGUCCACUGUUUUUGAUGAUGACUUAUGAGUUAAAAGGGUAUUGCAUAGAAGACAUGGCGAUGUUAUAGUAGGACUGGGGAGCCAAAGAUUAAGAUAGAAGAUGCCGAUGCAUAUUAUGUUAGGUCAGAGGAAGUAUGUAUUUUGUUGUAAUUAGAGUUAUGUGCAUAAUGGAAAGAUGGAAGAACUUGCUCCUACUUUGCCUGCUGCUUUCUAUAUUUUUCAUCUAAAUUAUAAACCUGAAUGUACCUUAAAAGAAUUUCAGAAUUCUGUUAGUUCCUGUAAAGUUGGAAUAACAUAGACGAGGUGGGUAGCCAUCUAUUCAAGUUGAAUAUAAGAAUGGGCAAGUUGCAAGAUCCCAAGUGAUUAAUUCUGAAA